AGUUUGAUUCCCAUAUGGGCGCUUCCUCGGUGUUCGUAGUAGUAUUGUCGUCGGUCUUCGGCCUGACCAUUGCUAUCGCCCUGCUAACGUUGUUGUUAUCCCGUAGUGACGGGUGGCGCAACGGUUGGGCCAGCAUUAUCCCCUACUCUCGAUCGGGCAGUAGCCGUAUUGAGAUAGAGGAAUAUGAUGAAACGGCACCUACGAAGCCGACUUCUCAUCCUCCUCCUCCUCGACGUAGGAGUGUCGACCUUGGCGACCUUGAGAUCGGAAGGAUACUUUCAAACGAGUUGAGUACUCCACGAGAGCUCGCCUCACAGGUCUACGGCAAGUCUUCCAGAAGGGGUUCCUUGCCGAACCCCACUUUGCUGUAUAGGUCUCCUAACAUGGCACAAUAGUUCAGUUCAUGACUAUGAGUAAAAUUACAUUUUUCUCUUGGCAGACUUUGUUCUGCAUGAUGGCGAUUGUUCAUGAUUUCAAUCGCGUGGUGGCUUACGCUCCAGAUGAUGACUAUACGUUCUCUUGGCUAGAGAACAUUUUUCGGUUUUCCGCCAUCGAAUUGCCUGUG